AGGACUGAACUCCCCAACCACAACUCCACUGACUUCUCUGAGCUGUCUAAGUUGAGGCUGUAGAAUGAAGACUGCUGGGACUAUGCUGGUGCUGCUCUGUCUGUCUGGGACGAUGGCCAUGCCUGAGUUCUUGGCUGAUCUGAAGGAUCGAGUGGAGAAGCUGGAGAGAGACAACCAAGUUCUGCAGACCAGACUCGAUGUGACUGAGGUGAACAAUGACAGCAGAAAGGUGGCCUUCUCUGCAAGUAUAAUUUUACCAGUGGGACCCUUCAACACAGACACAACCCUGGUUUACCCCCAUGUCGUCACCAAUAUCGGCGGAGCCUACAACCCAAUCACUGGAAUCUUCACUGCAGCAGUGAAAGGAGUCUACCAGUUCAGUUUCACUGGCAUGGAUGAUCGUCCCACCAAGGGGGUCUCAGUUGCCCUGUUCAAGAACGAAGAUCAGCUGAUGUGUUAGUGGAAGUUGCCUGCUGGUACUCAACAUCAGUAUGUUCAGAACACGGUGAUCGUAGAGCUGACUCAAGGAGAUGUCAUCUACACACGUCUACCUAACAAUCACAGGAUCCGAGGUGAUGCCACGAACAACGAACGGAACUUAAAUUUAAACAAUAACAACAUUUUCAGUGGCUUCCUGCUCUUCACUGUGUGAGUGGAACACUGCUAAAGUUGUGAUGAAAUCACCUUCAAUGUCUGACCCCUGGAAACAUUGUCUAAGAUCAGGCUUUUACUGCUGAAAACAUGCACGUGCUUUCUGCAUUUGACAAUAAAGAAGUAUGUUACACCUUGUCUUCUUCCCUCU